AUGGAUUUGCCGAUGAUGGAUUUUACCUUGCGAUUAGCCCUAGGGUUUGUGUACAGUUUUAUGAUUCUCUUAACGGUCAUAGGUAACUUUUUAGUGGUGGCUGCUGUGGGAUUAUACCGGCGUCUGAGAACAAGAACGAACUAUAUCGUAACGAGCCUGGCAGUUGCUGAUUUGACCGUCGCUUCACUUGUCAUGCCCUUCUCUUUAGUGUAUGAUAUUUUUGCUAAAUGGCCUUUCGGGUGGGUAUUUUGUUAUUUCUGGAGAUCAUGUGACGUGAUGUGUUGUACUGCAUCCAUUUUGCACAUAUGCUGUAUUGCGUUAGACCGAUUCUGGGCCAUUAAAGAUCCCCUGACGUACAGAAAGCGAAUGACAACACGUCGGCUGGUAAUAAUGAUCAGUCUAGCAUGGGGCUGCAGCUCGGCGAUUUCCUUCAUCCCCAUCUACCUGGGCUGGUUUACCGAUAACCCCAGUGAACUCUACCGGGAUACCAUCAGCUGUGACCUAUCUGUCAACAGGAUCUAUGCCGUAUGCUCAUCGUCCACUUCAUUUUUUGUGCCAUUUUUAUUUCUUAUCUUUGCGUAUGCAUACAUCUUAAGAAUUGCUAAACGUCAAGCCGACGCCAUUAAGAUGCAGGGAUCGGUGGCUUGUUUAAGGGAAGAUCGAAUAUUAAGUAGUAAGAACAAGCCCCCUAAGAGAGCUUCCCGGGACACCAAGGCUAUUCAAACUCUGGGUAUUAUCAUGGGUAUUUUCAGCAUUUCCUGGCUACCUUUCUUCCUGAUGUACGUGGUUUUACCCUUCUGCCCAUCUUGCCAUCUCUCCCAUCUCCAGGUCUCAUUGAUCACGUGGUUAGGCUAUGCCAACAGUUGCAUGAAUCCCUUUAUCUAUGCCUACAUGAACAGAGACUUCCGAACAGCUUUCAGAUGUAUUAUGCUCUGUGACAUCAGCAGAAGAAACUAUUCCAGUGACGUCAUCCAUCUGUGA